AUGGCCGCCGUUUCCCAGAGCUCCAGCACAAAUGUUGCCGAGCUGGCGAUACGUGUGAACACCAAAGGCAGCGCAAGCAACCAUGGAGCAUUCGGUUCAGGGGAUGAAGUCGCAGGAGAGGUCGAGGUCAGCACGCGUGACGAGGCCCGCAUCGAGACCGUGAGAGUAUACCUCACGGGAAAGGCACGGACACGUGUCGAACACAUCGUCUGGGCCAUGCCGUCCAUCAUGAAAAAACGGCUGCUGAGGAUGCACCAAACCAUCAGACCAUCGGGUGACGACGCGGCGUUGCCUGCACAAGGCAAACGCACAUUCCAGUUCAGCCUCACCAUUCCACAUGGGCUCCCUGAAACCCAUUGUCUAUGUCCCCCAAUGAACGACGACGACCAUCUGCAAGUUCCACCAACCAUGGGCGGAUGGCACAGAUGGGAACACGACGGAGAGAUCCUCAGUGACCCAACACCCGACAUGGUUGAGGUAUGCUACAAAGUCACCGCAAUAGCGACGCUCAAGGACCCCGAAGGCCGAUCCACCACGGCGGAAACAGCUCAGCGGAUCUGCAUUGUCCCAAGUUUCCCGGAAGCCCCACCGCAGUUUUCAAGCAGCUAUCGCAUCCGCGAAGAGAGCAUCGUCAAGCGGAACAUUCUAUCUAAUAGACUAGGCUGUUUGGUCAUGGAGGCGCAGCCGCCAAGCGCGCUCAAAGGGAUCAAGUCCGGCAACGCCGUUUCCUGCAGAGUGCUCGUGCGGUUUGACCCCGCAUCCCACGAGUGGGGGCCUCCGCCGGCCGACGGCAUCAUGCGGAAAAUCCACGUCACGACGAUAUACACAUCGGGGGCCGCCCUUGCUGCCGACAACUCCGACGGGCAGGAGCGCUCAUAUACGGACGCAAUAUCGUUACCUCCAUUCAACCUCAGCGGCGUGCAGUGGCUGAAGAAGUAUCCCGGCUGGGAGCACAUGCAGCUGUCGCACGGCCGCAUGACGCCGUCGGAGGUCAUUGCGCCGUCGGCGGGCUACGUUGGCGGAGUCUACUACCUGCUGAAGCUCUCGAUUCCCGUCGAGUUCCCGGCCGGCAAGAUACUCGUGCCCACGUUCCGCUCCUGUCUGGUGUCGCGGACCUACGAGCUGGAAAUCUCGCUUUCUCUCUCUUCAACAGCGCCUAUAUCCGUGCGUUUUCCGCUACAGAUCUGUACAUAG